CGAUUUUGUUGCUUCCCGUCUCUCCUGUUUUGCAUGCUCCGUCUCCCCUUUAGUUGUCUCUCUCAUCCGCCGCAUUGGCUUGGACCUCACUGCAAGACACUUCAUCGACGUCCGAAGGGAAGACACGCAGCCCCCGAGAGCGGCACAUUUCCUUUUCUGGCCUUUAUUCAACAUCCAACUUAUCCAAUCUUUGCACCAUAUCUUCUCCUCUCUCUCUCUCUCUCUCUCGCUAACUAUCCUUCCCUUCUCCCGUCAUUCGCUUUUGCUAACUACCCCCUUUUCUUUUUUGUUUGUCUCUCAUCUCAAUAUUCAAUUCCCCAACAGAUUUCUAGACUUUUAGACUUCUAGACGUCAUCACCAUCAUCAUGGCAUCCAGGAUACCCGCUGCCUGGCGUAUCCGAACCGCCAAGUCCACCAACACCGGCGGCCUCAACUUCAACCAUGUCAACAAGUCCACCCUCGCGCUGGCGCGCUGGACUCCUACGUCGUCAUCAGCAUUGGCAUCAUCACGAUCCACCACCACAACAUCCACACCCGCAGUUGCUGCAUGGCCCCCGAGAUUGCGGCUGGGAUCUUCACGCACAGUCCCUCCGGCGAGAAGCUUAUUCCAACGUCAGCAGCACCAGCAGCGCAGAUCUUUCGCCUUGCUCCCCAUAUUACUCUCCUCGUGCCGUUCAGAAUGACGUCUCCCCAAGUUCUUUUUCCUACAUAACUUAGAUACUACUUGACAACAAACUAACCCCCUCUAGCUCGCACUACCCCCCGCCAUGGCUCCGACGAUCACCACCACUGCCCACCAAAUGAGAACCCCUCGAUCCUCUACAAGAUGCUCGAAGCAGCCGCCACCUCGUUCGCCUCCAUACUUGUGCUCGGCGCCGGUUUCAGUAUUGCUGCCUACGUCUACCACAAGACCUAUAAGCACAUCGUCUUACAGAAAAUGGCCAACGCUUUUGAGCCCGGUGAUCCCGUCCUCGACCUCGCCGCCAUCGGCAAGAACAUACCGCUCUCCAAGACUGCUGCCGCCACGCAUUGGAUCGCACGACCCGAGCAGGACAUCGUCGAUGAUAUCGUGGCUGGCAAAGAGAUCGGGCACUACCACCUGUUCAUCGGCGACAAGGGCACGGGCAAGAGCAGCAUGCUGUUGGAAGCCAUGCGCAAGAUCGACGGUGACGGCGUGGCCAUGUUUGAGGCGCAUGCCGACCUGGAGAUCUUCCGCAUCCGCCUGGGCAAGGCGCUCGACUACGAGUUCCACGAGGAUUACAUCGGCAGUUACUUUAGCGAGCGCGGCCCGCGCGACACCACGGCGCUGUUGGAUAUUGAGCGUGCGCUGAACAAGCUGGAAAAGGUGGCGCUCAAGCGGCGUGCAAAGAUUGGAAGGCCGCUGGUGGUUAUCAUCAAUCAGAUGCAUCUGAUCCGCGACGAUGAGGACGGCAAAGAUCUGAUUGAGCUGCUCCAGCAGAAGGCGGAGCAGUGGGCCGCCAGCAACUUGGUUACCAUGGUGUUUAACAGCGACGAUUACUGGGUGUAUGAGAGACUGAAGCAGUUGGCCACGCGCAUGGAGGUGCUCUCGAUCACGGACUUGCCCAAGAACCUGGCGACGGCGGCCCUCAGAAAUUAUCGCCACCGCUAUUUCGGAGAGGAUCUAAGCGACCAGACCUUGGAGCAAAUCUACGAUCGCGUGGGUGGUCGCCUGAAUUUCUUGAAUAGGGUCGCCAAGAGCAAUGACAUGCUGGCGACGUGUGAUGAGAUCAAGCAAGUGGAGAAGACGUGGUUCUUGAACCAGUGCUGGAUUCUGGGAGAGGAAAUGGAUGAUGAUGUGAUGGAUCAGCAGAAGUGGGCUGCAGCAGCAGUAGUCCUAGCCACCGCCCUCGUCGAUAAAGAAGCCAUGAUGGAAGCCGCCGGCUCUUCCACCUACGACCCUGUAGUCGGCCACAUCCUGCCCUCGUACGCUCUGCACGAGGCCCAGCAGAUCAUGACGCGUUCCGACUUUGUGCGCGCCCUCGACCGCCUCAAUCUUUUCUCGAUCACCAAGAACGCCCAGGUGCGCGCCAGCUCCGUGCCCAUGCACCUCGCUUUCCGGGAGAUCGUUGCCCAGCCCGGCUUCCGCGAACACCUGCAGGCGACCAUUGACAGAAUUGCGGCUAUCGAGAGCUUGGGACGUACAAGGGAAUUGGUGGCGAAGGAUCUGGUGCUUGGAGGUCAUUAUGAGAUUAGGAGGUCGGAGAAGGGCAAGGGCGUAGAUGUCAAGUUGGUUAUGCCGGAGGCGGAAGAGGAGGGCGAGGAGAAGGAUGAUUAAGAUCUUUGACUUGCCUCGGGGAAAGUCCUUAUGCCCGUCCAGUCAGAAUCCAGGCGGUCAUUGGACAAAACGGAAAGGAAAAAAGUAAGAAGACGAAAGUGAGAAGAAAAAGAUGGGACCAUGCUGGUACCUCGAGGCAUGAAAAUAUGGAGUCCAGGCGGGCAUGGAAAGAUAAAAGAAAAAGCGUUCUGUUUUCUUGGCUCCUUUGAAGACUGGAAUCAUGAGGGAAAGAGGCACUUGCCAUGAGCUUCAACCUUUUCCACGCACUUUACACAAGGUACUAGGGCCCGUGAUGGCUCAGACCAACACUCAUUCAUCACCCCAUACGUUCUAUUUCUUUCUGUUUAUCUUCAGCAUGAUUUUUCUUUUCUUAUCGCGAGUUGGUUCGGCGUUCACAGAGAGUGGUGGUAGUGGUGGUACUCGAUACCCACCUAGACUAUCACUGUCCAUGGUUUUUUUUGUUUUUAUAUUUCAUGUUAUGUAGCUUUUUAUAUGGUACCCCUAGUUUCGAUUCAGCUCUUUUCUUCCAUAUUCUCUUACUUGAUAUGUCAUUGUACGUACGUAGUAACUCUCUAGGAACUUGGAGAUUCCACGUCACAGUUGGUGAAUCAUUGGCUCAGUACUCACUUACACAACAUGUUGCGGUAGUUCG